GCCUAGAUACAAAUACUGCUCGUUUCCCCAUCCUUGCUGUGGACUGAAUUUGUUUAGAAGACCUGAGUUCUCUUGGAAGCGAUUGAUUCUUCUAAACUUCAGCCGCCUAAAGUCUUCGUUUCUGCUUUUGCCUGCUGCUCCUGCUGCUGUUUCCUCCUUGAGAAAAAAAAAAACUUAAGAAACUUGGAUUCCCCAAAAGGACAGGUGGCAGAUCUAAAAGAAAAAGAAAGCUGUUCACUAUGAAUCUUAAACAAAGACUGUGGAUCUUUGUGUGGUUCCCCUUGUAUUUUUUGAUAAAUGUGUACAGUGCCCUUGUAUUCAUACCCUGGUAUUUUCUUACAAAUGUUAAGAAGAAAAAAGCUAUGGCGAAGCGCUUAAAAGCUAAGCCCAUCUCAGACAGCCCUGGAAGUCCCUAUCGGUCUGUUUCGCAUAUGGAAUCAUUAGCCAAUAUAGACUUUCCUGGAGUGGACACACUGGACAAGUUGUUUGACCUUGCUGUGACCAAGUUUGGGAAGAAAGACUGUCUUGGAACAAGAGAGGUCCUGAGCGAAGAGAACGAAAUGCAGCCAAAUGGAAAAGUAUUUAAAAAGUUAAUCCUAGGAAACUAUAGGUGGUUGAACUAUGAAGAGACCAACCAGAAGGCGAAGCACUUUGGGAGUGGGUUAGUGGCGCUUGGAUUGCAGCCCAAGAGCACCGUGGCCGUAUUCUGCGAGACUCGAGCCGAAUGGUUUAUUGCCGCCCAGUCUUGCUUCCGGUACAACUUCCCUCUUGUUACCCUAUAUGCAACCCUUGGAGAAGAGGCAGUAACCUAUGGAUUAAAUGAAUGUGAAGCAUCCUUUCUAAUCACUAGCUUAGAUCUUUUGGAAGGCAAACUGAAGAAUGUACUGUCAAAAAUUCCCUGCCUUAAAUACAUCAUUUAUGUGGACAAUAAGACUAUCAAUAAAUCGGAGUAUCCUAAAGGGCUGGAGAUUCAUAACAUGCAAGCAGUAGAAGAACUUGGGGCCAAACCAGAAAACUUAAGCAUCCCUCCCUGCCGCCCUGUCCCUACAGACAUGGCCCUUGUAAUGUAUACCAGUGGCUCCACAGGGAGGCCAAAAGGGGUCAUGAUGGUCCAUAAAAACUUGAUAGCUGGAAUGACUGGACAGUGUGAGCGAAUACCUGGCCUGGGACCCAACGACACAUAUAUUGGCUACUUGCCUUUGGCUCAUGUAUUAGAACUAACAGCAGAAAUUUCCUGUAUUACUUAUGGCUGCAGGAUUGGAUAUUCCUCACCACUCACCCUGUCAGACCAGUCCAGCAAAAUUAAAAAGGGAAGCAAAGGAGACUGCACUGUUCUGAAGCCCACUUUGAUGGCAGCUGUGCCAGAAAUCAUGGAUCGAAUUUAUAAGAACGUUAUGAGUAAAGUUCAGGAGAUGAACUAUUUCCAGAAAACUUUGUUCAAGAUAGGAUAUGACUAUAAAUUGGAACAAAUAAAAAGAGGCUAUGAUGCACCUCUCUGUAACUUACUGCUGUUUAAAAAGGUGAAGGCCCUGUUGGGAGGGAACGUACGUAUGAUGCUUUCCGGAGGGGCUCCCCUCUCCUCUCAAACCCAGAGAUUCAUGAACAUCUGCUUCUGCUGCCCUGUUGGCCAAGGCUACGGCCUGACGGAAACCUGUGGAGCGGGCACCAUUACUGAAGUAACUGACUACAGUACUGGAAGAGUUGGAGCUCCUCUUAUCUGCUGUGAGAUUAAGCUCAGAGACUGGCAAGAAGGAGGCUACACAACAAGAGACUUGCCACACCCUAGGGGAGAGAUUAUAAUUGGAGGGCCCAAUGUCUCUAUGGGAUACUUCAGAAAUGAUGAGAAAACAGCUGAAGAUUUCAUUGUCGAUGUCAAAGGCCAGCGAUGGUUCUGUACUGGAGAUAUUGGUGAAUUUCAUUCUGACGGGUGCCUCCAAAUCAUAGAUCGUAAAAAAGACUUGGUGAAGUUGCAAGCUGGAGAAUACGUGUCUCUUGGCAAAGUUGAGGCAGCCUUGAAAAACUGUCCCCUGAUUGACAAUAUUUGUGCAUAUGCGAAAAGCAACCAGUCUUACGUUAUCAGUUUUGUGGUUCCCAAUCAGAAGAAACUCAUGGCACUUGCUGAGCAGAGGGGCAUGUCUGACAACUGGAUCAACAUCUGUAACAAUCCUGUCAUGGAAUCGGAAGUUUUGAAAGAGAUUAAGGACAUGGCUAACAAAAUGAAGUUGGAAAGAUUUGAAGUGCCCAUCAAAGUCCGCCUGAGUCCCGAGCCCUGGACUCCCGAAACAGGCUUAGUCACUGAUGCUUUCAAACUGAAAAGAAAGGAGCUGAAGAACCAUUACCUCAACGACAUCGAGCGGAUGUACGGAGGGAAAUAAGGCCUCCCAAUCGCCCUGCGUCAGAAACCGUGCGUUGUUUCUUCUGGAACUGAAUGACGAACGAAUUUCCCAAAGAGCGGCUGCAUUUCCAAACAGAAGCAGUGUUUCAUAAAACAGUUGAAAAUUUACUCUCAGUUACCCAGAAGGAACGGCUGUGCUGGCUUUCUGCCCUGCAGUUUCCCAAGAUGCUGUCAAAAAUACUGACCCACUGCCAUGGUUUCAUUAGACCACUUCCAGUUCCAAAUGGCUGUGUUCGUAUGGAACUCCCUCACCGGAUAAACCAGUAUUUCUACAGUCUUUCUAUUCUGGCUUCUUCUCUGAUUUGAAAGCAGUCAGAUCAUCUUGGCUUGAGUCCAAGGCGAUGUUUUCGAAAUGGAUGAAAACAAGCCAGUUGCAAAGGCGAUACGGAAGAAGGGUUGUAAGAGUGGGGCAGAACCAAGCCCCCUCCAAAACUCUGCUCCGGAAAUGGUUCUCUCAGGUCCUUUGCUAAAUGGUUCAUUGGAAGGUGACUGUCGUUGGUGGUCCAAAGAGAGGAAGAGGGAUUUCUCUUGUGAAAAUGGUACUUUCACCCCGCCGUAAACUGAGAGUCCAAAGCAACAACGCCUGAUUGGGUUCCUGCACCAUGUCCCAAGUUAUUCCUUCCUUUCGGUAGCACCAUCUCUGCCAUGAAAUUAUUCUUGCAAUUUCUGAUUUUUUAAAAAUUAUUCAUUCCACAAAAAAGGCACCGUAGGCAGUUGGCAGCAGUUUCCACGGCUCAAGAGAAUACUGGCGGUACUUUUAAAAGUCACGUUUGCUCCUGCGUUGGUGGG